AUGCAGCUCACUCUCAAACUUGCUUCUCUCGUUACGCUUGCAGUCAUGGCCAUUGCCAGCCCCACCUCUAGCAGGGACGUUGGGGCAAACAUCGUCAGCGAUGCAGAGUUGGACAACUGGCUCCGCACUACAGAUGCGGACCUUACCUUCGUUGGCGGCGCCAAAAGCCCACUCGCCCAGCGCAACACUCUCAUCACGAGGGUAGUUUACUGCACCCAACGAAGUGGGGCCCUCUGUGGUGGCCGCUGCUCGGUUUACGAGGGAAACAGUAUAUGUCUCAACGCUCCCGGCACCAAUUGCCUGAUGGCUACUACCAACGUCGCAUUCUGCAACGCAAGUGGAUGUGGAGGCACCUGUAGACUAUUCAGCCACUGCGAGACGGUGCUCGAUGCAAAUUUCUGCUUCACCCCUGGUACUGUGUCCAUCAACGUUCCAUUCACCUGA